AUGACUUCCUCGUCGUCUCUUCCGCUAGUUUCCCAAUGCACCGUCUUUCCCGACCGUGCAUCCACUCUCGGCUAUCUCAAGCUCUCCGUCUCCGAUCUCCCCAUGCUUUCUUGCCACUACAUUCAAAAAGGCUGCUUAUUUACUCAUCCACCGUUUCCGGUGUCGGAGCUUGUCUCGCGUUUGAAGCGCGCCCUCUCCGCCGCGCUCUCUCAAUUCCCGCCCCUUGCGGGGCGACUCUCCACCGAUUCCCAGGGGUAUGUCUACAUAGCUUGCAACGACGCGGGGGCGGAAUUCUCGCACGCCUACGCCGGCGAUCUACACGUCCAGAAUUUGAUAGGAUUUUGUGACGUGCCGGAAGAUUUCAAGCAGUUUUUCCCCUCUGAUUUGACGGUGAGCUACGACGGCCAUUUCCGCCCAAUUUUGGCGGUUAGGGUGACGGAGCUUGCCGACGGCGUCUUCAUCGGUUGCGUGGUCAAUCACGCCGUCGUGGAUGGGACUUCGUUCUGGAAUUUCUUCAAUAGAUUUGCGGAGCUCAGCCGCGGAAUGAGGCGGAUUUCUAGGGCGACGGACUUCAGCCGUGCAUCGAUUUUGUUAUCUCCGGUGGUGCUCAGGCUGCCGGAGGGUGGCCCCAGCGUCACAUUCUCAACCGAUUCGCCGGUGAGGGAGAGGAUUUUCCGAUUCACCAGAGAAUCGAUGCAGCACCUUAAAUCCGUGGUUAACGCCCAUAGCCCGGUUGAGAUUUCGUCGUUUCAAUCGCUUUGCGCGCUGCUCUGGCGCGGGAUCACCCGCGCCAGAAAGCUUCCAAAGGCGAAAAUGACGACGUUCCGGAUGGCGGUGAACUGCCGCCACCGGCUCGAGCCGAGACUCGAGCCGCUCUACUUCGGGAACGCAAUCCAGAGCAUCCCGACGCAGGCAACUGCCAAGGAGGUCAUGGGGAGGGACCUCCGUUGGUGCGCCAAGCAGCUGAAUACAAGCGUGUUGGCGCAUGACAAUGCCACCGUGAGGAGGUACGUGGAGGGGUGGGAGCGGGACCCACGGGUCUUCCCGCUGGGGAACUUCGACGGGGCGAUGAUCACGAUGGGGAGCUCGCCCCGGUUCCCCAUGUACGAGAAUGAUUUCGGGUGGGGCCGGCCCAUUGCGGUCCGGAGCGGCCGCGCCAAUAAGUUCGACGGCAAGAUUUCGGCCUUUCCAGGCCCCAAUGGGGACGAAACCGUGGAGUUGGAGGUGGUUUUGGCUCCAAACACUAUGUCACGCUUACUGUCUGACCAGGAAUUCAUGCAAUACGUAUCGGAUGACUAG